AUGCGUAGUAAACUUAAUAAUUUAUUCGUUCAUCUAAGUAGAGCGGGAGCUGCAGAAGUAGAGAAACGCCCAGGGCCAAUCUCUACGGCCGUCGCGCCGGUGCUUAAACAAAUGCAGCUUCCGAAGCUGAAGUUACCGAAUUUCUCCGGCGAUCAACUUGAGUGGGAGGGAUUUCAAAACUUAUUUUGUUCGUUCGUUCAUGACAUCACGGGGGUUCCUAAGGUGCAGAAACUUCAGUAUUUGAUGGGGUGCCUAACCGGUGAAGCAGCGGAAAUCGUCACCGGCGUUCCGUUGACGGACAGCGCCUAUGACAGGGCGUGGCAGGAUUUAGUGAUGCGCUAUGACAAUCUGCGCGUUCUACUCUACGCUCACAUGCGUCAUUUGAUCUCUUGUCCGGCAGCCGUCAAAUCUUCGGCUGGUGAGAUCAAGCGACUAUUAGGCGUGCUCAACCAAGUCCGGCGAGCGUUCGCCUUAUUGGGGCGACCAGUAGAGGCAUGGAACGAUUGA